AGCGGAAGUGGCACAGUUUUCGGUCGGUGGACGCAUGUCACCGGCUGACGUCACUGAAUGAGAGCUGAGUGGGGACAGUUCCUCAGUUUAAUCAAACUAAUAAAUGACUGGGACAGAAGAUAAACUCCAGCAAAGAUUAACGAUGUCGAAGACAGAGAGCAAAGACAUGAAAGAGGCGAUGGAGGAAACGAUGCAGAGAGUUCAGGGAAGGUUUCAGGGCAUCUCCGAACAGCUGGAGUCCAGACUUACUCAAAUGGGAACCCGCAUCGAUGACCUUGAGAAAAACGUCUCAGACCUGAUGACACAGGCUGGUAUGGAGGAGCAGGCGGUUUCAAAGUGACAGCAUCUGACACAUAAGCUCUUUAAAUGAAACCUUCAGAAUCUGUGGGUUCACUGUGACUCUGCUGGCAGGGACUUCACUUUGGCUCUGAAGUUUCACUUUCAUCAAACAUCCUGAGAUCUUGGAGUUGGCAUUAGUUUACCUCUACAGAUGAUAUCUCUUUAAGGGUUUGGCCUAAUGAAAGUGUUUUCAAGGUGCUACAAUACUCCUAACAAAUAUGUAUCUCUCAGUGCUAACACCAAUCACAGGCUAAAGAGCCUUGGAUCACCAUGUUGGCAUGAUCAUUUAUUCUUUAGUAAUACUUGUCAUUGUUUUUCAAAGCAUGUACAAUCAGAUCGUCAGGCAUUAACCUCCUGUGGUGCGGCCAAAAGAAACAAGAGCCAAGAAAGAGCAUGGGUGAGAAUAGAGUUUAAUUCACGAUUUAUUGUUUACAGUCUAUUUUCUUACUAAAAGAUCUUUCUCAUAUCCUUAAAGUCUAAAAUAAGUAAUUUCAAUGCAUUUACUACCUCAUAUAAUAUUUUCAAAAUGUUUUAAUAUCUUUAAUGCAGCAUUGUUUACACAUUGUGGUCUUCCUCUCCCCUGUUAGUCCCAACAACAUAUAUAUGUGCAUGUACGCACAUUAUGGGCAUGUGUUGUUACAGCAAGAAAUAUAAAUUGUUAAGGACAUUGUAGCUCAACAGUGCCUCCAUUGGUCAACCACUCAGCACGCUUAAAAACAUGCAAGAAGUCUGACUGACAGAAAACACUACAGAAGAUGUAUUCUGUGUCUGAAGCAAUUUUUGUAACUAUGCACACUGUUCAUCUAAAACUAUGAAUGAUGGGAAGAAAAGUUUUGGGAAAUAUCUCAAAGACUAGAUCCAAUAUUUUCACAGAAAAGACCAUUAUCUCUCUUCUCGAGAAAGAACUGCACAGUUCAGUCCACCACAGGUCCUGUUUAAAACAGCUGCUGAUUGGUUUAUCAAUGAUUCUACCUUUUAUUUUUUCAACAUUACCACUCAAAAAUUGCAAUAGAAAGUGACCAGUCGCCGUAAAAACUCCAUUUGUUGUUUUUUGGAUGACACUGCCACAGACUGAAGUAUUGUUUAAUUGAGGCCUGUAGUUUAUCUGGAUUUCUUGAUCACAUCUAUGCAGUUUAUUCCUUAGUACAAUACACAGUACUAGGUGUAAUACAAGUAUGUGCUAUAUUUCACAUCUUCCUAUUUCCUCUGACAUAUUGAAUGCACAUUAUGUUGAAGUCAGAUUAGCCAUCAGAUAAUCAUAAGUAUAUUCUGUGUUUUUCACUGUGCACCAAAGUUAAUCAAAUGGCCAAAUAAAUACUUUUUUGAACAUUUUCA